ACUUUGUAGGGCUGCAGGCUGGGUCACUGGGCCUCUGGAGGGAACUAGCAUGGUGGCGGUUCCCUUCCAGGGAUGGCUAUCUCUUCAAGCAGAUGGUUCUAAAAUAGUGGCCACUCAGGCAAGUUCCCUUUGGCGUCUUGGUGGCUCCGUGGUUAGAAGAGGCCCUUGCUUCCCUUCCCUUUCAGGACUGGAGGGGUCACUGUUUAUGUGGUCACUGAGUAGUCAGAAGCCAGGCACGGUCUGAAAUCGGAAAUAGAGGCAGGCCUACCUAUGUCUGGGGUUGGCCAUCUUCCAUGACCUUUCACAUGCUUUCCUGAUGCUGGGGUCAUUGGCACCGGGAUCUUUGUGGGGUGUGUGAGCGUGGGCAUCAAAAUAGCUUGUUUACAGCCCUGUCUCCGCCUCCGCUCACAGCUAUAUCAGAUCUGCAGAGUUGGUCGAGCUGGCCAGUGUGGCACAGACAGAGGCCGGAGUCCUUCCCGUUUCCUACGCCGUCCAUGGAUUUUGUUGCUGGGGCCAUUGGAGGAGUCUGCGGUGUUGCUGUGGGCUACCCUCUGGAUACAGUGAAGGUCAGGAUCCAGACUGAGGCCAAGUACACAAGCAUCUGGCACUGCAUCCGGGACACGUAUCGCCAAGAGCGGGUGUGGGGUUUCUACCGAGGCCUCUCACUGCCUGUGUGCACGGUGUCCCUGGUGUCAUCUGUAUCUUUUGGCACCUACCACCAGUGCCUGGCUCACCUUUGUCGCUUCCGGUACGGCAGCCCUGACGCCAAGCCCACCAAGGCUGAUAUCACGCUCUCAGGAUGCGCCUCUGGUCUUGUCCGGGUGUUCUUGACGUCACCCACUGAGGUGGCCAAGGUCCGCCUGCAGACACAGGCCCAAGCUCAGACACAGCGGCGGCCCUCAGCCACCUGGCCAUCAGUGACUCCUGCUCUGUGUCCUGCACUCACUGCGUGUCUGGAGCCCAGGCCCACAUACCGCGGGCCGCUGCACUGUUUAGUCACAGUGGCCCGCCAAGAGGGACUUCGGGGACUCUACAAGGGCAGCUCAGCUCUGCUGCUUCGUGAAGGUCACUCCUUUGCCACGUACUUUCUCUCCUAUACCAUGCUCUGUGAGUGGCUCACCCCCGCUGGCCACAGCCAGCCAGAUGUCCUAGGUGUGCUGGUGGCUGGUGGCUGUGCUGGGGUCCUGGCCUGGGCCGUGGCCACCCCCAUGGACGUGAUCAAGUCACGCCUGCAGGCGGACGGGCAGGGCCAGCAGCGCUACCGGGGCCUCCUGCACUGUGUGGUGACCAGUGUGCGGGAGGAGGGCCCCAGGGUGCUCUUCAAAGGGCUGACGCUCAACUGCUGCCGUGCCUUUCCUGUCAACAUGGUGGUCUUCAUGGCCUAUGAGGCUGUGCUGCGACUCUCUCGGCAACUGUGCACAUAGGGGCCACCGGUCAGCAGCAGCCAGGUCACAGCAGCGGGGGGGCAUGGUGGUAGGACCCCACAGGGCUGUCACUGGGACAGCAGAGGGCCUUCUGUGCAGUGACUUAGGUGAGGCCUGCCCAGCCGCUGACCAUAAAGUCAGGGGGUUGACCUGCCAUCUGCCUGGGGGUCAUGAGUCAAGGUUGUGUGGGUUUCCUUGAUGAGGAUGUUACUUGGAGUCAUCUGUCACUGAGCAACUGUUCAUUCUUGAGUGGACUCCCUUGUCCAUACCCGUGACUUCAGAGCAUACCCUCUCCACCCCCACUGAGUGCUCCGCCAUCCUCCAACCCCAGUUCCGGUCAACUUCCAUCAAUUCGCGCUGUCCCUUAAGAGACAAGCGAGGGACCAGGCAGCAAGCUGAGUCACCGGGCUACAGGCUGGGCUUGUCCCGUGUCCUAGGCUGUCCUCGCUGGCUGAGGAACUGGUGUGGUGCCUCACUGGGUACCCACAGUCACACUGCUUGCCACACGAAGGCUCUGGGACCUGGGUCAUGAGUGGUUUUCAAUAAACAUGUUUCUGAACUUGC